CUAUAAAAAUGUUGGUCUACAUUUAACCAUUCGCCUUUCUUCCUCUUUCAUCUUUUACUGAUAAAAUGUAGAGUAACAGUGAGAUUGUACCUAGAACAGAAAAAAAAACUUCGAGCAAGUGAGGGAAAAUUCUUGUUAGAAUUCUAUAAUUCAGCUUUCAAGCAAUCAUCAAUGGGUUCACUUACUAUAAACUACUGUUGGACUAUUGCCACUGCAUCUGAAAUUCUAUCUGGUAGGAAGUUUGGUGAUUCGAACAGUUCACUAAGGCCCGUGCCCCCUGUAUUAUGCUGUAGGUGUAAAACCAAUGUAAGGGCAUUUGCAAGUCAGAGGUCUGUUAAGAAAUCAAGAAAAAAAGGGAAAACAGAGAAAACUGAUACUGCAGUACCCGAGAAGUAUCUGUUAAGUGAUGAUGUUAAUCCAGAUUACGUUGAAGAUAGCAAGAAGAACAUAUCCCUUCUUGACACUUCAGAGGCUGGGACUUCUGUGCCGAUGAUCCCAUCUAGAGGUUCUGUGCUUCAGGCAUGCAUAAUCACUUCUGGUUUAAUAGGUCUUCUAGGUGUCGUAAUUCGAGAGGUUUCUCAUGUUGCAUCAGAAGGUGGGUUGCCAAUUGUUGACUGUUCUGUCGAAAUACCAUUGACUUUCCAGAUGUGGCAUGUUGAGUUGAUUACUGGAUUGGUAAUACUGGUAUCCUCUUGUCGGUACUUACUGCUGAAGAUUUGGCCUGAUUUUGCCAAGUCUAGUGAAGCAGCAAAUAGCCAGGUCUUAAGUUCACUUGAACCAUUGGAUUACAUAGUGGUAUCACUUCUUCCAGGCAUUAGUGAGGAGCUUCUUUUCCGUGGUGCACUGCUACCACUUUUUGGCAUCAAUUGGCAGAGUGUCAUGGCAGUUGCUUCCAUAUUUGGGAUACUUCACUUGGGCAGUGGUCGAAAGUACUCCUUUGCUGUCUGGGCCACAUUUGUUGGAAUUGCGUAUGGUUAUGCUACACUUUUAUCAUCAACUGUUCUUGUGCCAAUGGCUGCUCAUGCCGUAAAUAACCUAGUAGGAGGCAUCAUAUGGCGCUACACAUCAAAUUCGUCAAAAUAGAUUGCAUGCACGAGCAAAUGCAAGAAAGCUUGCUGUGACUGCAACAUACGGGUGAUUCCUCCCGUCUGCACCAAGUGCCGACUGAUGGUUUCACAGGUUAAAAGGAGUCAUUUUACUCUUUAUCAUGGGAUAUGUGUAAAAGAUCUGUGAAAGAUCUUUGCUUCUUUUUUAGUAAUAUACGUGUGAUUUCUGAGUUAUUGUUGGUGAAGAACGUUACUGAUUAUUAUUGAGAACAAAAAAUUUUCUGCAGCAUUAUGAGCUC